AUGAAGUUCAUUGACAUUUUAUUCUUACUGACCGCAGCAGCAACCGCUAAUGCAAUACUGGUUUCAGAUAACGGCAAUGAUUCAGUCCAGGCAUCAAGCACUUCCAGUCAAGUGUCUGGCCCAACCAAUGAACCUGAACCAGGCACUUCCAGACAAGGCCAGCAAUACUUGUUGCAUAGAACUGGUCCAAGUGCUCCAAAACGAAUUCGAAAACGAAUUCGAAAACGCCCAAGCGGUAGGCCUGGUUCAAGCACUCUCGAUCCAGACCAUAAACAACCAAUGUAUCAACCCGGUCCAAGUGCUCCAAAACGAAGUCGGAAACAACCAAUGAACAAAGGAGAGUCGGGCAAUACUGUUUCAAGUCAAGCGGUUGUAUUAAGCAAAAAAGACCAGAAAGUCCUUAAUUGUAUAAAGAAAAGACUUGAAGAGCUUGAAGAAAUGGAAAAGGACACGACCAAAAAAUAUUGUGAGGGUAUAGCUUAUCAACUUAAAGAAUGUGGAGUAUUAGAAAAAGAGGGACAUGUGCAUGACCCAAAUUACACCCCAAGAACUAUAAAGGAUUCGAGAAAAGAUUAUAAAGAAGUAAGAAAAUUAAUAGUCGGUAUCAAAGAACAAUUGAAAACGUUUAUGGAAAGUCGUAGUUUGAAAUAUGUAGAGUCGCUCUCUGACGCUGAAGAACCGAAAGCAGAUUCAGAUUCAGAUUGA